AUGUGGUAUUGGGUUUUCCUAUGGGCCCUCUUCUCCUCUCUCUUUGUCCAUGGAGCAGCGGGAGUUCUGAUGUUUGUCAUGCUACAGAGACACAAGCAGGGGAGACUAAUAUCUGUGGUCCUGGUCAGCAUUGGGUUCCUGGCUUCUGUCACCGGAGCAAUGAUAACUAGUGCUGCCGUUGCAGGGAUUUACCAAGUAGCAGGCAAGAACAUGGCUCCUUUGGAAGCGCUGGUUUUUGGAGUUGGACAAACAGUACUAACAGUGAUCAUCUCCUUUUCACGAGUUCUUGCCACACUAUGA